AUGAGUGCAUCCCGUCCCAAGCGGAAGAUGAUCAUCCCCAGGCCACGGGGCAUACAGGCCAUCGCCGCCACCCUCCCCCACGGCAGCCCAGCAGCGGCACAGAGUGGCAAGGCUACGCCGGCGGCAUCGGCGGGCUCAUCGAGAAGCACCCCCCGUCCGGCCACAAGCAACAAGGGCAGAGGAGAGAAAGAAGUGCAAGGGAAAGGCAAAAGCAUCGGAUCCACUGCUGUAUCGCCGAUAUCAAUCACGUCAACCGUUCAAGUGAUAUCUUCGGACGACGACGAAGAAGAAGAGGGUCUUGAAGAAGUGCCAAUACCAACAGCUCCUUCAUCACCUUACCAGAACACACCUAUAUCCCAACCCACAGGCACACCAACACCACUCGUCGGGGAACAUGCAGCCGAAGACGAAGAUGACGAAGACGAAGAAGAAGAUGACGGCGUGAUUCAUUUGGAGAUUGGCGGAGAGACUGCAGAAGAAAAGGCGAAGCGGAUAGCACUCAUGAACAGAAAAAAGCCCAUGACAGCUAGAGAUCGGGCCUUGAGGCUGGAAGUGCACAAGGUGCAUGUAAUUGCUCUGCUCGCAAGCUCUAGUCAGCGGAACAAGUGGUGUAACGAUACGCUCCUGAAAGCCAGACUCCUGUCGCUCCUCCCACAUCCCCUUCAAGCAGCGUUCAACAUUCCUCCAUCUCGGUUCCCCGAUCGAGCUCAGCGUUCUCGUCUAUUCUUUGAUGCUCUCCAGACCCUCGUGACUUGGUGGUCCCAGACCUUUUUCGACAUCUCCGACUAUACCCUCGGUAUCCGUACACGACCAUGGGACGACGUUCAAGAGAUCAUCGAGUCUAUCCCAAAGGAGCAGCUGAGGACGUUACCAAAGUACGAAGAGGAGAAGAGCGGCAAGAAGGGCAAAGCAAGAGAAGAGAAUCCCGUCCUCGAGACACUCGAGCAAGAGUGUGGUGGGGAGCGACUCCGUUCAAUCAACUCGCUCAUGAAAAAGGCUCUUCAACAAGAAGGCUCCCGGGACGUCUCUGCACAGCUGUUUGUCUCUCUCGCCCGAGCAGCUGGGCUUGGAGCGAGACUGGUCACAUCCCUGCAGGCUGUUCCCUGGAAAGCGGAAAAGGCAGGGACAAAGAAGAAGAAGCCACAAGGUGCGGGCAAGGGCGGGCGGACGGUGGCCAGCAGGCAAGGUAUGGGAGACGAUGAGGAUGACGAGGAUGAAGACGAGAUGGAGGAAGUGCCUAUACCUGGUGUUUCUGAUGGCGAAAAGAAGAGCAACACCCGAGGUGCUGGGAAAAGGCGACUCAAAGAUCCCGCCGACUUGUAUCGACUCCGAAAGUACCGCCCGCCGCCGCAAAAAGUUGGGUCAAAACGAAAAGUAAAGCAAGAUCUCUCGGACCAGCCGCCCGUGUUUUGGGCAGAAAUCUUUUCGAGGUCGGAUCAGCGUUGGAUACCUGUUGACCCCGUGCGGGGAGUUAUCAGGAAGAAGCAGCAUUAUGAACCGACGAGUGAUAGCGGACCAGUGAGAAUGUUGUAUGUGGUGGCGUUUGAGGAAGAUGGAUACGCAAGGGACGUGACUCUGCGGUACACCAGGAACUUUUACGCCAAGACGAGCAAGCUGCGGCCUCCCACGCGCUCCGACGAGGCGGAUUGGUGGAGUCAGAGUGUGAUGGGGUUCUUGCGACGGCCAUAUCGACUGAACCGAGAUGAUCUUGAGGAUGCUGAGCUUGAGAUGAGUCAGGAGAGCGAAAAGAUGCCUCAACAUAUGAGCGGUUUCAAAGACCACCCAAUAUACGUGCUCAAACGCCACCUCCGCCAGACCCAGGUACUCCCCGCAAACACCAAUCCUAUCGGCCACUUCAAAGGCGAACCAGUCUUCCGUCGGUCUUCUGUUCUCGAAGUCAAGACCCCCGAAAAUUGGUUGCGAUCCGGCCGCAUCACCAAGCCCAACCAAGAUCCGUUGAAAUGGAUCAAACAGAGGGCGGUGACUUUGGAAAAGAGGAGGCGGAUGGAGUUGGCAAAGGAGCAAGGGGAAGAGAUGGAGCAGGGGUUGUAUGCAGAGUGGCAGACGGAAGUGUAUGUGCCGCCCGCGAUUGUGGAUGGGGUGAUUCCGAGGAAUGCGUUUGGGAACAUUGACUUGUAUGCGCCGACUAUGCUGCCUGUUGGAGCUGUGCAUCUGCCUUACAAGGGUAUCGCCAAAGUUGCCAAGAGCCUGAACAUAAGCUAUGCCGAAGCUGUCACUGGCUUCGAGUUCAAGAAACAGCGCGCUGUUCCAACCCUCAGCGGUAUCGUCGUCGCCGCAGAAAACAAGCAGCUCGUGCUUGAAGCCUACGAAGAAUCUACCGCAGCUGCCGAGGAGAGAGAGCGGGUGAAACGGGAAGAAAAAGCUUUGAAGCGUUGGGUGAAACUCGUGAAUGGUUUGAGGGUACGACUAAGAUUGAGGGAAGAAUAUGGUGGAACAGGCGACACUGCCAACCCACUUGGCGAGGCUCCGGACCCGGAGGACACCAACAACCUCCCUCGCAAGCCAGGUGGCAAAACGGCCAAAGAUGUUUUGGCUGCGGCACACAAGAUGGGCACUGAAGCAUGGGAAGACAGUGUCGGCCGGGAAGAAGAGGAUGCGGUCGACGAAGGCAUGGAGGAAGUCGGGGUCCCUGAGCCGGCUCUGCCAAAGGAUGAAGUCAAGCUGGAGAGAGAAGAGGAGAAAGAGAAAGAAGAGGUGGGGGUGGAGGCACAAGCGUCAACAAAGCCAAAGGUCAUGCUUCGUUUCAACAACCCAAGAUCCAAUGCUUCUUCCCCCGCAUUGCCUUUUCAUACUUCUCCUGCACCUAGCAAGAGAGCAACACGUCAGCGACAGCCGCCCCGUCAGUCCACACGGGCUGCUGGGAAACGCAAGGCUAGGACGCCCUCUGAAGAAAAGGAAGAAGAAACGUCAGAAGACGAGAUUCUAGAGAUCCCAAAAACCUCGCGAGGAAAGGGCAAGAGUACUAAGGCGGAACCUACCCCGCAUGUGGACGGUGGGAGGAGAAGUCUGAGAAGUCGGGGGGGGAAGACGAAAGAGCAAGAGGAGGAGGAAAGGCUGAAGAAUGAGAGAAUGCGACUGGCAUUGGCCAGCGACGACGACGCCAGUGAGGAGGACUAUCUGUAG